AGUUUCGCUCCCACACCAACGGCACAACAUCAUUUUUACUUCAUAAAAUAGAUUUACUGGUAGUAAGUAAGAUACCAAAAGUUCGGAAAUUGACACCUAGCCCAUUUUGUGUAAUCGGUGUUGAAAGCCGGUACUAUUUUUCAGUGAGGCGCAGUGAUAUCUAGUGGGGAGUGGCGCGGUUUUGGUCACAUGGACCAAUCAGGUAGCAGCUUUAUUCUAACAACAUACCUGCUAUGGCGACGACAACAUCCGAGAGUGAAGAGGAACGAAAGACCUCAAAAGUUAGAAAAAAAGUGCGUAAAGAGGAAAAUAAAAGAUGCUAUAUGCAUCUUUCAUCUGUGAACAAUGAGGACGUCCAGCACUUCACUCGGACACGGUGGGACACAUACAGAAACUAUUUAAAACAGUGGCUUUGUCUGCAAGACCAGAACAAGCAUCUGGCAGAAAUCUAUAAACAUUGCUCGGAUGUAGAUUUUGACGCUAUUCCUGACGUCGCUGGGUUUCACGCAACAUGCUACCGACGUUUUACAGAUAAAUCUGCAUUGUUUUAUGCCGAGAAAAGGACCGCACGGGCGGUGGGAGAACCAUCUGCAGCCGCAGGUUUGCCCGUUGCUUCUGCCGGCCCCGUCCUGCCAGCCAUCUGUAUAAUUUGUCAAAAAGUGGAAAAGUACACUCGUGUGGGAGGAAAACGCCAGAGGGAUCAACUCACACAAGCAGAAACCGUGUCGGCAGGCCAGUUGCUGAAGGCAGCUGAGAUUAAGAAAGAUGCUGCCAUUCUUCUGCACAUCAACGACAAAGACUGUGUUGCUAUAGAGGUCCGGUACCAUAGGACCUGUUACAGACAGUACACCAGGUUCUUGUCACUGUCUACAGCAACGCACACUGCAACCAGAGAUGAAGAAAUACAACCCUUUGCUGACAGCUACAACCUCUUCUGUGACCAAGUGAUCCGUCAAAGGAUCAGCAGUUUUAACCUUGACCAGUCUACGUUCAAAACACUGAGCAAAUAUGUGUGCCACCUGUAUGGACAGGCAUCUGCCAAAGACGUGAACGAUGCAAGAUACAAAGCAUUCUGUAUGGCAUCGUCAGCUUUGCCAGAACUGUCCAUUCCCCCAACAAGUGAUGCCCUCCACCAACACUGCAAAAGGGCAAACUACCAAGCAGCAGUAAUGCGACAUUCCCUGACUGAAAUGAAUGGUACACCAGACACACCUGCUGGUGCAAAUGUUGAGGAGGGACUUGCUCAGUGUGACGGCACAGACACCUUUGACCCUGUUGAGGUAGAGAGUCAGUGUGACAGACACUUAAAGAGCGCAGCUGCACCAAAGUUUAGCAUCGCUAUUCUUAAAGAUGAAAACAAUUCUUCAUGUGUCUGA